AUGGUAGAAGAUAUUAAGGAUUCCGUGCCUCGCAACGGGUCUUUAAGUCCUUGUUUAGGUAAAAAUGCGCCCGCUAUGUCGAACGGUUUUAAGCUACAAAGCGCUUUUCAGCCCAGUUGCACGCCCAUUCAUUUGGAACAUCGUUAUUUGGUAUGGAAUGGCGUGGGUAUUGUAACUUCUCAUGCCGAUGGCGCCAAUGCUGCUAUUGACGUAGAAUUCCAUGACGCCAGUGUUCAUCAUUCAUUGCAUAUACCUAAUUAUAAUAAUCAUAAUAUGGCGAGCCUAAGUUCAACGGCUUUAGUUUUAGCCGGUGAGGAUUCAGCAAAAGUAGUAGUAAUUGCUUUAGCUGCUUCUGGUAAUAAGGAGUGGAGUAUGCAGUUGUCUGAAGAAGAUGUGGUAGCUGUAGUGGCUACUACAAAAUUGGUAGCUGUAGCGACAAGCAUGCAAUUUUUACGCAUUUUUACUAUAACUGGCAGCCAAAGGGAAAUAAUUUCUUUACCUGGUUCAGUGAUAUGUCUCUCAGGCUUUGAAGAUCGCAUUAUGCUGAGCUACCAGCUGCUCCUGUCAGCUUGCGGGUUAAGUUUAAAGUGUAAAAAUAUUACUUUGCCUUUAACGCCGGGACGGCAAUUGGUUUGGCAGGGAUUUAGCGACUGUGGCUCUCCGGUAUUCGCUGACUCUAUGGGCUUAGUGCAAUUGUUUAAUGUGAAAAGUAACUGUUGGUAUCCUGUUUGCGACACGAUGAAAUUAUCAUCCAGUGUUUCCAAUAAUUACUUCGUAAUAUCUUUGUCGGAGAGAUCGCAAAUACUCCAGGCAGUUCUUUGCCGCGGCUGCUCCUAUCCUAUGACUACUCCAAGGCCUUUGAUGCAAGAGUUACCAUUGCAAAUGCCAUUGUGUGACUUAGAAAGUGAAAAAACUUUACUGGAAGAUGAUCGUCUUAGAUCGUCUAUAAUGGCAGUUGAUAAUGCAAACAAAGUGAUAAAAGAAGUUUCUAUUAAAUUAUUUGCUUUAGCCUGCCGUGGUGAAGUAGAAACGCGAGCUAAAGAACUAAUUGAGACAAUAGCUUGUCCAGAUUUGUUAAUGCUAGCAGUUAAAUAUGCUACAAAAUUAGGUCGUAUACAUCUAGCUGAUCGCUUAACUGAACUAUUGCCACAAUUAGAAGAAGAGCAAGAGAAACGGAAACAAGACGAACAACUCGUCGAAAACACUUUACAACCGUCAUAUCCGACACCUACCUACCUGAACGGCCAACCUUUAAACAAUUCAACAAAAUUAGCACCCAAAACAAUGGAAUUGGGUUCAGGCAAAAAAUAAACUCUUAAAAAGUUUGCUUUUAAUUCAACGUCAGAUGACUCCAGAAAAUUUGGUAUGUUAAACGAUUCCUUAUUAGCCACAACGACAGACAUUUCGGGACAUUCUGAAUCGAUUUUGCCAUCGUACAGAGACUCGGUUGAUGAUACGAAAAUCAUAACACGUAGUCCAUUUAAUUCUGUAAAUCCUUUCGCUUCGAAACGGAAAAUUUCUGAAAUUGAUAAAGGCAGCGUCUUAAUGGGUUCAGAAAAAUUAAAAAUUGCUAGGAAAUAA